CCGGCAUUGUUUUUUAAACAACAAUUUCUUUGGCAUGGUUGGUCAUUGUGAAAUUUGGUACAAUGGGACUUGCAAAACUGACAUUUACAAUUUCCUUUUGGAUAUUUAUUGUAAACGGUUCUUGUCCUGUUGAAUACUUCCAGUGUUCUGAUUUCUUUGAUUGGUGUUGUCCUAGUGAUUAUACAUGUACUGGUAAUAACUCAUGUGACAAUUAUAACUCGAUAGACCCAACUGCAGGAUUAGGAGGGGCCAUUGUUGGUGGCAUUUUAGGCGGCAUAGUUUUAAUAGCAGUUGUAUGCUGUAUUAUCUCAGCGGCUAUCAAAUCAAACUAUGGAACGUUUCGCAGUGUAAUCGUCCCACGAAGAAACCUAGUUGACGGAAGGACCAUAGCCAAGGAACAACUACCAAGUUAGAUAACGUUACACAUAUGGCAGCAACGAAAUCGCUUAUCAAUACAAACUCUACCGGCCUCUAUUUUGUA